AUGAGUGCUGCUUCUUUCCCCGCCUUGUAACACUUUGCUUUGCUUUUGCACACUUCAUCACCCAUCGAGGUAGUAGCUCUAAGAUGGCUUCAGCGACCGGCAUCCCAGAAAACUACAACAGCAAUGACGCAGCUCCACGGGAGGGAUUGGGAGAGGAUGAACCGCUGCUGGGACGCCGCGGGGAUGCCAGUCAAGAAGACGGCCAGCCAAUUUACAAGAACCUCUGGAUAGGCACCGCACCCGUCGCCCAAGCCGGCAUAUGGAUCCUCACAGCCAUAAUCUGGGGCGCCAUAUUCUCGCACCCCCUAAUCUUCUUCUCUCCCCACCCGCUCCUAAACACCACCGCCCUCCUCCUCCUAACCCAAUCAACCCUCCUCCUCCAACCCACGCACACACGCCCCCAAAAACGCCUCGGAACCCUCCUCCACGCCCUCCUCAACACCCUCUCCACCCUCCUCCUCCUCGCCGGCCUCCUCAUCAUCGAAAUAAACAAGAUCUCCCACUCCGGAACCCACUUCGUAUCCCCGCACGCCAUCCUAGGGCUGGCGUUCUACAUCCUCAUCGCGCUACAGGUGGUCGUGGGGGUAACGCAGUACUGGGUUCCGAGUGUGUAUGGUGGCGAGGAGAGGGCGAGGGGGGUGUGGAAGUAUCAUCGUGUGGGCGGGUAUGUGACGUUGGGGGUUGGGGUCGGGACGGUGGUCGCGGCGAGCUGGACGGAUUAUAAUGUUAACGUUCUGGGGGUGAGGCAUUGGGGGGUUAUUUUGGCGGGGGUGCUGGUGGUGCUGGGGGUGGGUGCGAGGGUUAGGUUGGCGAAGUUGGGGUGGAAGAGGGGGUAG